AGCAAUACCUAACAAACACAUAACCACAAAGAAGACAAAACAUCGUUAACGAAAAAAACAUGACUAACAUAAAUUUUGUCAAGCAUGUUAUAUACUUUCUCUUAUUGAUAAGCUGCUUUUUCACCAAACCUUCCGAUGCAUCCAGAGGUGGCAUAGCCAUCUAUUGGGGCCAAAACGGCAACGAAGGUAAUCUCUCAGCCACGUGUGCCACCGGCCGGUAUGCUUACGUCAACGUCGCAUUUCUUGUGAAAUUCGGCAAUGGCCAAACACCGGAGCUCAACCUCGCCGGCCACUGUAACCCUGCGGCCAACACUUGUACUCGUAUUGGCUCUCAGGUCAAAGACUGUCAGUCUCGUGGCAUCAAGGUUAUGUUGUCACUCGGGGGCGGAAUCGGAAACUACUCGAUUGGCUCCAAGAAGGAUGCAAAAAUGGUUGCGGACUACCUUUGGAACAACUUCUUGGGAGGGAAAUCAUCGUCACGUCCCUUAGGUGAUGCUGUUCUUGAUGGUAUUGAUUUCAAUAUAGAGCUUGGCUCACCUCAACACUGGGAUGAUCUCGCCAGGUCUCUCUCAAAGUUUAGCCACAAAGGAAGAAAAGUAUAUCUAACAGGAGCUCCUCAAUGUCCAUUUCCAGAUAGAUUAAUGGGAAGUGCUCUCAACACUAAAUUUUUUGACUAUGUUUGGAUCCAGUUCUACAACAAUCCACCAUGUUCAUACACUUUAGAUAAUACACAAAACCUCUUCGAUUCGUGGAACAAGUGGACCACUUCAAUCACAGUCAAGAAAAUUUUCUUGGGUCUUCCGGCAGCUCCUGAAGCUGCGGGAAGUGGGUAUAUCCCACCAGAUGUACUCACUUCACAGAUUCUUCCGAUGUUAAAAAAGUCUGGAAAGUAUGGAGGUGUGAUGCUUUGGUCUAAAUUCUGGGAUGAUAAAAGUGGAUACAGUUCAUCUCUAUUGGCUAGUGUGUGAAAGGAAUCGUAGUGACUAUUAUUUAUCAAUUUCUCUCGUGUUUACCUUUUGAAGAAUUGUUGUGUUUGUGUGGUGCUAGUAUACUAAUUUGGAAUGUUUGUAUCAAUAUACUUCAUCAACAUUCAAAUUAAUGAAACUAAGGAUUUGCUUUUAGUAUGCA